AUGGCUUCGACUAUAGAUUCGAAGCCCGCAGAAGUGAACGGCGAAUGCCCGUGUGAAAAUAAAAAAUAUAAAAUGGAAAAUAAUAAUAAAGUGACUGUGGUCCUGGGUGCCCAAUGGGGUGACGAAGGAAAAGGAAAAGUGGUGGAUCUCCUUGCGGUAAACUCCGACAUCGUGUGCCGCUGUCAGGGUGGCAACAAUGCUGGUCACACAGUUGUAGUGGAUGGCAAAGAAUUCGACUUUCAUCUCCUUCCUAGUGGUAUCAUCAACCAAAAAUGUACAUCGGUUAUAGGCAACGGUGUGGUGAUCCACUUACCUGGUCUUUUCGAGGAGUUGAAGAAGAACGAGUUAAAGGGCAUGAAGGAAUGGCAGCAACGUCUCAUCAUAUCCGACAGAGCGCAUCUUGUCUUCGAUUUUCAUCAACAGGUUGAUGGUUUACAAGAGGCGGAAAAAGGCAAGAACUCGCUUGGCACCACUAAGAAGGGUAUCGGUCCGACGUACUCGUCUAAGGCUACUAGAAAUGGCAUCAGGAUCGGCGAUUUGAUGGGAGAUUUCAAUAUCUUUGAGGAGAAGUUCCGCACACUAGCAUCUAAUUACAAACGCAUGUUCCCGUCCCUCGAGCUGGAUAUCGAGAGUGAACUGGCCAAUUACAAACAGUAUGCGGACAGAAUAAGGCCUUUGGUGAAAGAUACCGUGUCGUAUCUAUACAAGGAGAUACAAAAUGGAAAGAAGGUUCUAGUUGAAGGCGCCAAUGCCGCCAUGUUGGAUAUUGAUUUUGGUACUUACCCGUACGUGACGUCAUCGAACUGCAGUAUAGGCGGCGUGUGCACGGGCCUGGGGAUUCCUCCCAAGCUGAUUGGCGACGUGCUCGGCGUCGUGAAGGCGUACACCACGCGGGUGGGCGACGGACCCUUCCCUACUGAGUUGCAUGAUGAGACGGGUCAGCUGCUGCAGUCGCGUGGCCACGAGGUGGGCGUGACGACGCGGCGCGUGCGGCGCUGCGGCUGGCUCGACCUCGUCGUGGUGCGAUACACAGCCAUCGUCAAUGGAUACACUUCGUUAUGUCUUACAAAACUGGACAUUUUAGACACAUUAAAGGAGAUAAAAAUAGGUGUAGCCUAUAAAGUAAAUGGAAAGAAAAUUGAUUACUUCCCCUCGUCAAUGCCCGAGUUAAGUAACGUUGAGGUGGAAUACCUAACGUUGCCGGGCUGGGCGUGCAGUACUGAAAACGUGAGGGAGAUGAGUAAGCUGCCCGAGGAGGCUCGCAACUAUGUUAGAACUAUAGAGGACUACCUACAGAUACCUGUGAAACACAUCGGUGUUGGACAAGGCAGGGAGUCCAUCAUCAAUGCGGAA